GUUCAUUGCUCGAAACAUAUAAAAGCAGAUAGCUCUUUUUUCUCUUCUUUUUAACUGCUUAUCACAUCAUGCUGUACUCUACUUUGGUGGUAGCGGGGAUACUGCUAUCUCAUUCAGUUAGUGGCCAUGUCAUUGACAAGCGUCAACAAAAAGAUGCUGUCAAAUCACCAGAGUUACCUCCUCUUAGACCCUUAGUAUGGGGCGAUGUCAACUUUAUUCACACCACUGAUACUCAUGGCUGGCUUGAGGGACAUGUCCUUGAAGGUUCAUACAAUGGUGAUCUGGGUGAUUUCUAUUCUUUUGCUGUCAGAAUGAAAGAGAAGGCUCGAAAGCUCAAGAAGGACUUAUUCAUCGUAGACACUGGUGACACACAUGAUGGUGAUGGAUUGAGUGACAUUACGGAUCCAAGAGGUGAAGUAUCCCAACCACUUCUCACAAACAUACCUUAUGAUCUUUUAACAAUUGGAAAUCAUGAGCUUUAUGUCAACAACAUUACCGUGGAUACUAUCAAAAACUUUAUUCCUCACUGGAAGGAUCGUUAUUUGGCUGCUAAUGUUUACUUUAAGGAUUUACAUAAUAACAAGACAGUUCAGAUAGGCAACAAGUAUACUUAUUUCAAGGGCGAAUUUGGCACACGUGUUCUUGCUUAUGGCUUUUUGUUCAAUUUCAAGGGCAACGGUGAUAUGUCUGUCGUCAAUCUUGUCGAGAACGAAAUUCGCCAGCCAUGGUUUAACCAGUCUUUACGAGCAUAUAAGCCAGAUAUUAUCACUCUCAUUGGUCACGUUGGUAUUCGAUUUGAUGAAUUUCACCAUAUCAUCAAGGCUAUUCGUGCUAUUCACCCAACCAUUCCUAUUGCUGUUCUAGGCGGUCAUACACAUAUAAGAGACUUUGUUCAAUAUGAUAAUCGUGCUGCAGGUAUUGAAUCUGGUAGAUACUUGGAAACAAUUGGCUUCUUUUCUAUUGAGGGACUCUCCAAGCCAACAGGAAACCUUACUUUCAACAGACGCUACUUGGAUCAAAACAGGCCUACCUACAUCUUCCAUUCUGUUGACGGCAAGGAAAAGACAUUUGAUACCCGCAUUGGUAAGAAAAUGACCGAAAAGAUCCAAAAACUUCGCAAAAAGUUUCAAUUAUCCGAGCUUUUGGGAUGCGCUCCUCAAACCUAUCCAUUAUCUGCUGUUCCUGUUAGUGAUAACUCAAGUGUAUUCCGUCUAAUCACACAAGAAGUCAUGCCCAAAGUAGUGGCUGAUCAUAGCCGUCCAAACACCCCUUAUUUCUUGUAUAAUUCAGGUGGUGUACGAUAUGAUGUCUAUAAGGGUCCAUUUACACUCAGCAACAUGUACCAACUUUCGCCUUUUGAAGACAAGUUCUAUGCUAUCUUUGACGUUCCAUUAUCUGUUGCUCGUAAAGUCUUGCCUGCCCUGAAUCAUGAAGGAGAGAUGAAAAAACGUUCAAUUUGGCCCCACGGAUUGAAUACUCACGUACAAGAAUUCCAUACAGCCAAUAAGACCAAACUUACUCUUGGAUACGUCACAAAGGAUGACUACGGAACUGGUGGUGAUGAUACGCCCCAUAUCCCUCUUCCUUACUACCCUUCCCCUGCUUAUGUUGGCUCGGAUCUACCCAACACUCAAAACAACUCCGCGUUGGUUGAUAUCGUCUACCUUGACUUUUUCGAUAAUCAAUUGAGAAGUUUACUAUAUAACUUGACAGAUCAAACAUGGAAGGCCAAUACGACUUAUUCUACUUUUACAAGCAGUACGAUGUGGAUUGAGUUUGCAAAAACUGCUUGGAAGCAAUGUUAAUAUAGAAACUAUUAUUAAACUCGGUAAAACGUCAACUUGUUUAUCCGAAACCGGCUUUGAGUGCUUUCUAUAAAUAUUUAUACUUGCAUACAGAGAUAAUCAUAAUAAACCCC